CUCACAGGAUUUUGCCUCGGUUGAUCCUCCCAUGCGGCAAUGGACCGCACGAUGCUCGUAGCGUUCGCUUUCAUACUCGCCAGCUACGGCUGCGUUGCCAAUGACGACCUAACCACGACCUUUGACGAACGCCGCGAAGAGAGCACCUCUACCGAUGGCAUUGGCCAGGCGCCUACGACCACGACCUUUGACGAACGCCGUGAGGAGGUCACCUCUACGGAUGGCACGGACCAGGCAACUUGUGCGGACACUUCGGAGGAAGCAACAGGGACCAAUGGCGGCGGCUGCGAAUGGUGGACGGAUUAUGCUCAGUAUUGUGCAUAUGACUAUUUGUACGACGACAGCGACUUCACAGCCGGAGACAUGUGCUGCGCAUGCGGGGGUGGCGAGGUUGGCGAUUCAACGGCGCCGACGCCCACCAGCCCGACGCCCGCACCCACGUCAUCUCCGAAUCCGGCAACUUGUGCGGACACUUCGGAGGGAGCAACAGGGACCAAUGGCGGCGGCUGCGAAUGGUGGACGGAUUAUGCUCAGUAUUGUGCAUAUGACUAUUUGUACGACGACAGCGACUUCACAGCCGGAGACAUGUGCUGCGCAUGCGGGGGUGGCGAGGGUGGCGAUUCAACGGCGCCGACGCCCACCAGCCCGACGCCCGCACCCACGCCAUCUCCGAAUCCGGCAACUUGUGCGGACACUUCGGAGGAAGCAAUAGGGACCAAUGGCGGCGGCUGCGAAUGGUGGACGGAUUAUGCUCAGUAUUGUUUAUAUGACUACUUGUACGACGACAGCGACUUCACAGCCGGAGACAUGUGCUGCGCAUGCGGGGGUGGCGAGGGUGGCAAUUCAACGGCGCCGACGCCCACCAGCCCGACGCCCGCACCCACGCCAUCUCCGAAUCCGGCAACUUGUGCGGACACUUCGGAGGAAGCAAUAGGGACCAAUGGCGGCGGCUGCGAAUGGUGGACGGAUUAUGCUCAGUAUUGUGUAUAUGACUACUUGUACGACGACAGCGACUUCACAGCCGGAGACAUGUGCUGCGCAUGCGGGGGUGGCGAGGGUGGCAAUUCAACGGCGCCGACGCCCACCAGCCCGACGCCCGCACCCACGUCAUCUCCGAGUCCGGCGCCGACGCCCACCAGCCCGACGCCCGCACCCACGCCAUCUUCGAAUCCGGCGAUUUGCGCGGACACCUCAGAGGAAGCAGUGGGGAUCAACGGCGGAGGCUGCGAAUGGUGGACGGAUUAUCCUUUGUUUUGUAUCUAUUCGCCUUUCUAUGACGACGCCGACUUCACAGCCGCAGAGAUGUGCUGCGCAUGUGGGGGCGGCGAAGCAACGGC